AUGGAGCACAUUCUUGGAGAUGUCACCGUGGUGGAGGCAGACAGCUGGUCGCAGGAUUGGAUCAGUGUCAAUAUCUACAAGACCUUCAGUCAUCCGGACGUGAACGACAUCAUCAACCUUAGUGUCAAAUUCGACUCGUCGUUCACCAACGUGGCCAUACGGGCAGAUCUCAACUCGACCGAUCCAACAGAGCGCGAAAGGGAAGCCAGGAUCAUGAAGAACCACUGUGCUAGGAUAGAUGUCGAAUUCGUCUUCCCCAAGUACAGUGACAAUGUCAAGCGACUAUUUGUCAAGACACAGAAGGGCGAUAUCCGCAUUCGGACCGAGGGUACGACCGUAGUCUUUAGCGAGUUGCAUCUAGAGACCCUUGCGGGCGAUGUUCUUUUUGAGGCGGGAACUGUUCGGACUAGUACGACCAUCAAGACCGGCAGAGGCAAGGUUCAGGGGACGAUCAGGACAUUGGAAAAGGUCGAGGUCUCGACGGCUAUAGGCGAUAUCGCGUUGGUUGUUGACGCCCGGCCAGGACUUCAUGGCACGGGCGAUGGCAAAUUCAAUAUCACUCUUCAGUCUGCCAAGAGCUCCAUUGACUUGGGACUGUCCGAGAAAUACACGGGUUUGUUCUCACUGGAGUCUGGCAUUGACAGGCCCACAUUUGGCCUCUCGCCUAACUACACAAAUACCAUUCGGAUCAGCAAGAAGACGGCAACCUUGCUGUCGGGCUGGGUAUGGGAUGGAUUCUCUAACAGUCCUCGUAGUUUGCCAAGCGUGUCUGCCACUGCUCUCAAUGGCCGUGUCCACGCCCAGGUCCUCAACAAGCCCAAGAAGACAAAAUAA